AUGACUGGACAAUCUACAAGGCGAUGGCUCCAGCUGUCUUUCCUUCUCAUGGCUGGCUCUGCCUCAGCAGGAUCCCUCAAGCUGUCUGACUUUGAGUCUAUCAGUGACAAGUCAUUCCCCGAGACAUGUGUUCAAGCCUACGAUACACCACUCGCCCAAUGCACUCCCAAAGACUUCACCGAUGGCAAGGCAUGCAGUGCUGCUUGCAAGGACUCAGUUCAACAAGCCCAGGGCUUCAUCCAAGCAUCAUGUGGUGAUGUCUCAGCCAGCUCAGAAUCACUUCUAAGCCGUGGUCAAAAGGGCAACCUUGUCGCUGUUCUCUGUCGAGAUGUUGAUGAGUCUCAAUCAGAGCCCGAGUCUGUACCUCAGACUCAGCCCAAACAGGAGCCUGAGCCUGAGAAGACCCAGCCCCCAGCCACAACAACGACCUCUGCUUCUUCUACCAAGGUCUUGAAGAAUGUCUUGAUUGAGACUGGCCAUACCUCUUUAGACGAAAAAUCAAAUGGUAGUCUAGAUGGACCACCUCUGUCUUCCGUGGACGAGGACCUCGCGACCAAGAGCACUGUUCUUGCAAUCGACACAGACCAGCCCACCGGCUCUCUUCCCAUGCCUGCUCCUCCUAGCAUGAUGACCUCUGUGACAAGGCCGAGCACUGCUAGCCACACAGCGGCGUCAGCCAGCGAGGAGCCAACUCCUACGCCCACAACUGCUGGUGGCUCUGUUCAUGCUCCCAGCUUUGGGUUCAUGUGCGCUUCUUUUGCCAUGUCUGCUAUCAUGUACAUGAUUGUCAACUAG